GCGGUUCUGGCGGGGGAGCGGCUGGCGCGGUUGCGAGAAAUUAUACGGGUGCUUGCUCCUCUGCUGGAGGCCGGGCGAAUCUGUACCCGGGUCGUCCUGCUGGAACAAUGCCCCCGGACUACCCGCCGCCUCCGCCGCCGAGUGGGGGAAAUGCAAAUGGUACGGCACCACCAGCACUAUCCGCACCAUUGCACGCGGCGAUACAGAAGAUGACCCCUAUGGGAGCUGCCGCUGCCUCUCGAGGAGGUCAACAUCCUGUGCCCCCGGCGUCGCCACCCCCGGGCGUAAGGAGAUCGACGCAUGAUCAAACUGCACCCAGCAACGGAGUUCCAGGACAGUACCAGGUGUAUCACCUUGCGCGGAACACGCAUCCCAUGUUCACCCCGGAGUGGUUUCUAAAGCAGCAUCUGGAGAGCCACAAUGUCAAUGCAGAUGAUGCUAAUCCUGCACUGACGGCCGGAGCUCCUGCUGUCGCCAACGGGGCGGGUGCGCUUCCGAGACCACCGACUGCCAACGGAGUUCCGGCUUUUGCCGGGAGCUUGCCAGCGGGAAUCAAUGACGACGAUCACGUCGUGCAAGACGUGGCCGAAGAUCAAUCCUCCGCUGCUUCCCCGAGCAGAAGCCGUCCCCGAAGACCAACGCUGCAGUUCUGGCCGGGGUCAAAGGGAAAAACGGUUUACGCGGCGGCAAAGUACCCGAGCAUGAGCAAUAUGAUGCGAUACGGUGGG